GGCAUUCACUAUAACCUCUACCAAUGACCUCAUGAUACCCUUCAGCUGGCCUGAAUAUGCGAACUAGCAACGAGACUAUGAUACAUUGAUGUCCUGGCCAUGUCGCUCCUUCAGAACGAAGACUUCGUUCUCUACCAGCUACGCACCGCAUACCUCUCUUCGAUCAAAGACGGUGUCGGCGAACGCCUGAUCAAUGUCGACUCUGGAGUCUUGAACAACCCUGCCUUUCGCGCGGCAGGAUGGGUCCCCAAUGCCGCAGACAUCAAGCGCACCUACUCGCCGCCAAUCCCCACCGCCAUCACCUCCGAGUACUUCCAGGCGCCGCGUUCGGCUGGUCUGAAAGCUCCAGAAGGCUUUGGCGACGAUGACGAUGAAGGCGGUAUGGUUACUGGAGGGGGGAGCAAUGACACCGUGGGACCGACGUUGCACGCAAAGCGAAGACGCAGAAAGGAGCAGGUGGACGAGGAUGACAGCAGUGACCUCAGCGACGAGAGCGAUGACGAGGAGGAGGCACACAGGCCUGCCAAUCAACUCAAAUUCACCAAGAUGCCACUACGAACGCGCUCUGGUUCGUCGCCUAUACGCGGAUCAGCUCUGCGGAAUGAGCUUGAUGAAGCCGGAGGGCCCUCGGUCAUGAUCACUUCUCCAUCCAGACCACCAGAUAGUAGUUUGGGUCGGGGCUCCUUGGGCGCGAUGGACACGGUCAGAGGGCGUCCACGCAGAGACACCAUAACCAGCAGCGAGAUGUCGUCCGAAAAUGAAUUUGACAACUCGACGUUUAGAAAACGAAGAGUCAACCCCCGGAAAGCCGCGACUGCGAGCCAGUUGCUGUCCCAACGAAUACAGGACGACGAAGGACAAGCGGUGGGGGCGCGCCUCGAAGCCCUACACGAGGGCCAUGAAUCAGACAGUUCCCUCACAUCCGAGUUUUCAGGUUCUGCUGAUAGCGGCUCCCUCAUAGGCGCCGGUGACACCCUUGGUUCCUCUCCACAGGCCGUGCUUGCCACCAUACCAGGGUUAACCUCUUUCAAUAGCAUGUCACCCAGAAAAAAGAGAGAACCACUCCUUCCUACCCUACAAGCGCUACCUCCGCCGCGACCCAUCAGUUUCGUGCUCCCAGUCAGCGCGCUCACACAAGCCCUUCGCGCCAAAGAGCACAAGCCAUCGAACCCACUGCAACGCUUCGCUGUGUGGAAUGCCGCUAGCGAAGCCCAGCAGAACCCAUUAUAUAUCAGACUUUACUGCCCAUUUUCAUCAAAGCCUUCAAAAGCUGUUGAGCUUCUGAUAAGAAAGUUCAAUGACAAAGGUGAAGGUCCCACUGUGGCAGAGGCCAUCGGAUACGCAUUGCACCGUUAUCAGGAAGAGAAGCUGGAGCCAGCACUGACAACUGAGAAGAUGAAUGUCAAUAGCUGGGUUAUGCGCAUGUACGAUGAUGGAGAGGUCGAUGACGAGUUCCCACCGUUGACAAGAAACAAGCCCCUGAAAGAUUUUGCUUCGAAUAACGCUCGUGGAAUGCGACCGCGUGCGCGUGAGAAGCCGUGGGAUGAGUUCGCGCUUGUUGAGGCGACACAACGAGAAGUUGGUGAGAAUGAAAAGGUUACACCAGUUUAUACCAAGGAGGCGGCCACUGCAGUUGCUUCGCAGCAGGACGCUUCUGAAGAGGUGGAAGAGAAGGAGCCUCUCAAGGUCUUACCCAACCGCGCAAAAAGCUUUAGGAACCCCAUCACCGGCCCGUCCUUUGCACCAACAGCGACCCGCAAAGAUACAAGCAACCUUGCCGACGUCCCAAAGGUGCCACAAACCCAUGCUGCUAGCCGCAUGGGGGCGCCCAGGACAAUCACGGUCCACUUCACUGACGAAAACUUCAACACGAAACACAUACCAGUAUCUUGCACCACGGAUACUUAUAUCGCCGAUAUAUUUGAUCAAGUAUGUCGCGACCUGCGUCUCGAGAAAGCCCUCUACAUCCUCAAAGUAAGCGGCAGCACUACCAUCGCACCACCGGACCGCACUGUAGAAGCGUUGGACACACGCAUGGAUCUUGACCUGCAGCGCCGCCGUUUCAUAGGCGAUGGCGUCUAUGGACUCUUCGGGUCGCCAGGCUCAUCAUCGCCAAACGCACCGCUCAUCAUCAGCACCGGCGGCGCACCCAAGAAGACCAAGAAAGGCGAGCGUACCUAUGCUGCCGUGUCUGGGCACCAACUCAUCGAUCCGCUCUCCAAGGGCCACUCGGCCGCCCUGGCUCUCACAACAACGGGCUACUACCGCCGCUACGCUGUCCUGCGCAAGCAGCCCAUGUCCUUUGCCUCGAGCACAUCUCGCAUCCUCGCCCUCGACAACGAAUACAUACACAUUAUGCCCGGGGAAACUGGCGCUAAGACUGGUACUAGAACUGGUGGCGGGUGGGCUGAAGCGCAGGGUAAAACCACGACUGUGCACUUUUCCAGUGUCGUGGGCAGCAAGGUCAGCAAGAAGCACCCGAAGAUGUUUAGGGUCAUUGUGUUUAAAGAGAGGGAGACGAAGAGAUAUGAUUUUGAAGCUAGUACUACGGAUGAGGCGGUGGAGAUUGUGAGAGAGAUUAAGCGGGGGGUUGAGCGGUUUCAAGAGGGCAUAGUGUAGGGAAGGACUGGUCGGUUUUUGCAUACAUGGCGCUUGUUGGCGUUUGCACGUUGGCGCCUGGAGCUGGGCUCAGUUAGUGAGCAGCAUUACGAGGAACGGCAUUUGGGUUGGAAUAGGCUUGAGCUGGACUUUGGCUUUGGCUUUUUUUUUGGUAUUGUUGGCCCUACAUGCAGAUAUUCAGCAUGUCUUCUCAUCUUGAUCGUUCGAUCAGCACAUCUAGUAGCUAUCAGUUUACGAAUAGAAUAAAUCACGGCAGUCGAAAUGAAAAUCUAUCAAUG